AUGUCAAACGGUCAGCAUCAGCAUUCGACAGUGUCGAAGCUGUUGGUGAUUAUUUUCCAAUGCGAUCGACGGCUAUGCGAAAAAAGGUCCGGAAUCACCAUCAAUGGAUACAAACUAACGAUUACAAUCCGUUGUUUUAUUUGUGACACUCCGGCCAGGUCGUUUAUUAAAGGGGUUACAAACUUCAAUGGAAAGUACGGAUGCAUAAAAUGCACUACAAAAGGUCGGUACAGUCAUAUCUCUAGAACUAUGACGUAUCCACAGUUGAAUGCACCUGAGCGAACCGACGAAAAAUUCCGAUCGAUGGAAUAUUUGGAUCAUCAGCGAAAUAGCACGCCACUGUUAAAAUUACCGAUUGAUAUGAUUAGAGACGUUAUUGUAGGAGAUUCGUUGCAUUUACUGGAACUCGGAGUAAUGAAGAAGUUACUAACCUCAUGGCGCACGGGAUCAAUGUCUAUGAAGGCAAAGUGGAGUUGUAACCAGAAAAAAGAAAUAUCUGAAAUUCUACUUGAUAUCAAGUUUCCGAUGGAAAUCCAUCGCCAGAUGAGAUCCCUGGAAUAUGUCGCUCUGUGGAAAGGGUUGGAGUAUAGAAAUUUGUUGAGUUAUGUGGGCAUAGCUUUUCUUAAUGAUUACCUUCCUGAAAAGUAUUACGAUCACUUUCUAUUCCUUUUUUGUGCAGUUAGAAUUUGCUCUUCUAAGAAAUACGCAUAUCUCAUUCCAGUAGCUAGAUCAUUGUUGCUAGAUUUCAUUGAGAAUUAUAAAUCACUGUAUGGGAUUGAAUUCAUAACGAGCAAUAUUCAUAACCUAUGCCAUCUAGUCGACGAGGUUGAGUACUUUGGGCCGUUGCCCUAUCUGUCUGCGUAUCCAUUUGAAAACUACAUGCAUUAUAUAAAAAAAUUAGUUCAAACCGGGCCCAAUCCAUUGGCACAAGUUGCAGCUAGAAUAUCAGAAGCAACAGUAUCUGAUGGUUCCAAGGAAGAGUCUCAGGAGCUAUACAGAGAGAUACAGUAUGGCUCAUUGAAGGUCAGAAAGUAA